CUCACCCCCCUGUCCCCCUGUGUUCUCUUCUCUAUCCCCCUCCCUCCACGUGUACUUCCCUCCCUCUCUCGCUGCAUCUCCCGUUGAGUUUCUCAUUUUUGCGUGGGGAGUGCAGCUCGCAACGCCACGAGGAUGGAUCCACUGCCCCUGAGGGAGACACCCACUCUCUCCACGCUCUUCCAGGAGCCGCUCCCCCCUCCUCCCGGUUACCAUGGCGACGACCCGGUCCCCCCGCCUCCCGGUUACUGUGGCAAUGAUCCUGCCCCGCCUCCUCCCGAUUACCACAGCGAUGACACAAACUUGCCCCCUCCUCCCAGCUACCAGGGGGAGCCCCUGCCCCCACCUCCCGGCUACCACGGCGACGACCUGCCCCCCCCGCCUCCCGGUUACCAAGGAGACAACUCAACCCUGCCUCUCCAGGAUCACCACGGCGAUGUCGCCUUCCCUCCACCUCCCGAAUACGUUGUCGAUGAAGGCGUCGUCGUCGACACACAUCCGCAAGGGUAUCCUGACGGACCCCUCCCCGAGGGUCACGGGGUUCCCGGGGUUUCCUUUCAGGACCCCCUGAGCUCCUUCCUCAGCGGCGAGCAGCUCGAGCGAAGUGUGUGCCUCGCGCGCCACGCCAUCGCCACCGCAUCGGGCGGUGCGACCGCGGCGGCAGGCCCGCCCAUCGGUGGAUUCCCUGUGUCACCCGGACGAGCCCCCAGUGUUGUCGGGGAGCUCUGGGGAGACGGUUCGGACGCCGAGGGGUCCGAAUUGGGGACCGGGUUCCGGACCGAGGACCCCCCAACGCCACCAGAGAGCUGGGACACGAGGUCGGACACGGCGUCACUCUCGUCGUUUGUGGAGAGCCUUGUGCUGGAGAAGCCCUUCUCGACGGCCGGGACUGGAACCGGCACCACUACCGGGGGGCUGCAUGACGGAACCGGAGAGGCGCCCAGGCGAGCGCCGGGCCAUGCCCCCUCUUUCACGCAGAGGCUGCGCAGCUGUCGAGUAAGCGAGGGGUCACAGGUCGUCAUGGAGUGUCACGUGACUGGUGACCCUACACCCACAGUCAGCUGGACCUGCGAGGACUCGUGCGUCCUGCCGCCAGGGGUCGUGACCUCCGUGCGGGGGGCCGUGACCUCUGCGGACGGGGCCGCGACCUCUGUGCGUCACGCGCUGGAGGUGGCGGCGGCGCGAGCGGCGCUGCAUUUGGCGCGGUACUCCUGCGUCGCCCGGAACCGGCACGGAAGCGCCACCACCUCGGCCGUGCUCAGCCUCACCACCGGUGAAGCUGUUCCUCCCCCUCCUCACCGCAAGAAGAAGGAGCCACCACCAGUUCCACCCAAACCGGUAUCGCGUCAUCCAAUCACGUCGCGGAUCCUGUCGUCGACUCCGCCCCCUCCACCCCCUCCGCCUCCUCCUAUUGGUCGGAUAAAACCACGCGUGGGGGUGAGGAAGUCCAUGUCGGAGCGUGAUAUCCGCCAGUCGAAGGACGCCCUCAUCCAGGACCUGGAGAAGAGACUGCAUAUGAGAUCCACUCCGCGACAGCCGCGCUUGUCGCACGAGGAGAAGAUGGCACGGCGACUGUUUGGGAACAAAUACGAGGACUCAGUCACGUCUGACACAGACAUCGCCAGCAACCCGGGGGCCAGUGUGCCCGAGUGCCCUCUGACCCGGCAGUACUACCGGCCUCACUUUGUGCAGCCGCUGAGCGACGUCACGGGCAGCGAGGGGGAUCUCUGCCGCCUCGACUGCAAGGUUACGGGGCUGCCGGAGCCGGAGGUGGCGUGGAGCGUGGAGGGCCAUCCGGUGAGCGGCCGCACCACAGGCUGCCGGGCGCUGGUUCAGGAGAGCGGCCUGCACUCGCUGCUGCUGCAGCUGCGGCCCGGAGGCACCGGUGGCACCGGUGGCUUGCUGGUGAUGUGCGUGGCACGCAACGCGGCGGGGGAGAGCGAAAGCAGCGCACGCGUCACAAUCACGCCGAGGGAGGUGGAGUCACCGCCUCACUUCGUGAUGCCGCUGAGACACGUGGUGGCCGAGGAGGGAUCGCCCUUCCGCCUCGAGGUCGUCGCGACCUGCCAGCAGGGUCACGGCAGGGAGGACGGAGGGGAGGACGGAGGGGAGGACGGAGGGGAGGACGGAGGGGAGGGGCCUCUCCUCACCUUCUCCUGGCUCAAGGACAAGCAGAGCGUCCACCCCUCCGAACACACCCGGAUGCACGAGGACGGCUGUGGCUACGCGUGCCUUGUGAUUGGCCGGGCGGGGUCACGUGACGCAGGCUGGUACUCGGUCUCCUGCCGCUCGCGCUCCGGGCUCCUGGCAUCGUGCACGGCGCGCGUCACCGUGCAGCCCCGAUACGGGCCGUCACCCACGUCCCCGGAGCCCCUCCCAUGGGGGUGCGAGCGUCGCAGCGGAGGGCGCUACGCCGCGCUGGGGGGGCUCGGAGCCGCAGUGCGAGCCGCCUUCGCCCCCCGCAAUGCCCUCUGAACCCCCCCCCCCCACCCCACCGCCGCGUCCCCGCCCCUAGACGCACGCUGUCCCAUGGCGCCUGUCCUGCGAGGACGAUGAUGACGAUGAGAGCCAUGACAGUCACGAAUGGUUUCCGAUGGAGCUGCCCUCCUAUACUCUCUUCAAACGCAUACGACGGGGCGGCCCCCCGUGGAAGCUGUCACGCGGCAGCGUUCGUCUGCUGCCAGUGAGCGGGGCGACGAUUGCUGCUGGGGCGUCCACUCCCGGUGGAGUCACUUGGCAGCGCAAUUUUUCAAAUUUGCCUCUUUUUGGAUACGUGACGGCGGCACACGGUGGCCUAUGUCGAACGGCAUCGCGAGAUCUUUUUAACGUCCGCUGUGAGUGAAGCAGGCGGCGCGUGAUGGUAUUGUUCCGGUUGAUACGCGCAACUAGCGGUAUUAACCAUGGCGGCCGCCGGACUCCAACCACAAACACCUCCCAACUGCUGGGUCACUGCCCCAAAUCGACUCCGAAUUGUGGUCCCUGAGCUCGCGAUGGGCGAGGGAGGAGUAGCGGGAGGGA